AUUGUAGGUAGAAGAAACUUGUCAACGUGCCUUUCACUUUGACGUAGGAUAGACUACAAUGGGUCGUGUUAUUCGAGCGCAACGUAAAGGUGCGGGAUCCGUAUUCAAAUCCCACACUAAGAGGAGGAAAGGGGCACCCAAGCUCCGUUACUUAGAUUUCUCCGAAAGGCAUGGGUACAUCAAGGGUGUCGUGAAAGACAUCAUCCACGACCCCGGUCGCGGCGCCCCCUUGGCUCUGGUGCACUUCAGGGACCCCUACAAGUUCCAAACUAGGAAGGAAAUAUUCAUUGCUCCCGAGGGAAUGUACACAGGGCAAUUUUUGUACUGUGGAAAGAAAGCUAACCUCCAAAUUGGAAAUGUGUUGCCUGUAGGAACUAUGCCCGAAGGUACAAUCGUCUGUAAUUUGGAAGAAAAAACUGGUGACCGUGGCCGAUUGGCUCGAGCUUCCGGUAACUACGCCACCGUGAUUGCCCACAAUCACGACACAAAGAAAACUAGGGUUAAAUUGCCAUCGGGAGCCAAGAAAGUUAUCCCGAGCAACAACAGAGCUAUGGUCGGUAUCGUUGCCGGAGGUGGUCGUAUCGACAAGCCCAUCCUGAAGGCAGGUCGCGCCUACCACAAGUACAAGGUGAAGCGUAACUGCUGGCCGAAGGUGCGUGGUGUUGCCAUGAACCCCGUCGAGCAUCCUCACGGAGGUGGUAACCAUCAACACAUUGGUAAGGCCUCCACCGUUAAGAGAGGAACGUCCGCUGGUCGUAAGGUCGGUCUUAUUGCUGCGCGUAGGACCGGUCGUAUCAGAGGAGGUAAGGUCGAAAAUAAGAAGGAAGAUUAAAAUGUUAACGUUAAUAAAUAUAUUUCUUAACUGA